AUGAGCGAAGAGUUGCUACGUCAGCUAACGGCCUGCGCCAUCGCCCAACAGGAGACCCUAGACCUCCUCAGGUCUGAACUAGCAGACCGCCCUUCUCCCAGGGAUCGUAGGAGGCCCAACAACAGCGCGCUGAUUCCACGUCUGUCGGAGGACGACGAUGUGGAGGCCUAUCUUCUGGCCUUCAAAAGAACGCUGCAGAGAGAGAGAUUGCUUCAGGAUGACUGGUAGGGCCUUCUGGCUCCCCUGCUCACAGGCAAAGCACAGGCGGCGUACUACGACAUUGAAGAAGGGGGUGCCGUGGAUUAUGAACGUCUAAAGCUGGAGAUUCAGUCCCUCUAUCAGCUGAACCCCAGAGACCGGGCCCAAAGGUUUCAUGCCUGGAAGUACGCCGAAGAGGAGUCUCCGAGGGGCCAGCUCUACCAACUUAUCCGUUUGGUAAGUGGGUGGCUAUGCCCCUCAAAAACCACGGCCAAAAUGUAGACAAGUGUUUGAGGGAAUUACCCGUCACCAUGCAUAAAAUAGUCGGACAGGAUAAUCCAGUUACAGUUGACCACCUAGUCCAGGGCAUCGAGUUAUACUUGUCUACUAAAAGCCUUGCUGCCGUUAGCAGGGGCGAGAAGACCAGUGGUACGUCCCAUGUAUAGCCAGAGGGUCGACAAGGCCAGCACCCAGCCCCGUAGAGGGCGGCAGGUAGCUUAGUGGGUAAGAGUUGUUCUAAUCCCCGAGCCGACUUGGUGAAAAAUGUGUUGAUGUGCCCUUAAGCAAGGCACUUAACCCUAAUUGCUCCUGUAAGUCGCUCUGGAUAAGAGUGUCUGCUAAAUGACAAAAAAUGUAAAAAGACUAAAAAUGUAAAAAUACUUUUAGUAAGGCCACACCUCAGGGCCCUAUACAGUGUUUCAAGUGCAACACGUAUGGUCAUAUGGCUAGACACUGCCCCAGUGUAGAAGUCCUUAUGCCCACUGAAUCCUCAGCCACUCCCCCCGUGACCGGACGGAAUGUCCCGCGCCACAGGUAUGUUGGCAUGCGGAGCUGGCCCCGGCUUGGCGUGUGCCGGUGCGCGUAAGAGGAACGGACUGGGAGGCCUUCCCAGAUUCGGGAUCCUGUCCAACGUGCCCCGUCUCGAGACGGAAACAGCGGUAGCCUGCAUCCACGGGGACACCAAACGCUACCCCUCAGCCCAAGUCAGCUUCCAUACCCCUGCCGGGAAGACCACCCUGAUCGUCGGGGUUGUUCCCCAAAUGAAGGUACCAGUGCUUCUGGGGAGGGACUGCCCCCUGUUCGAGCUUCUGUGGAGGAGGGCGGGGGAGUAGCCCCGAUUGAGCAUGGAGACCGAACAACCCUAAUCGCCAAGCACUGGUGCACUCAGAGCCCACCCGGAGACGCACUCGACGGUGCACACCGCAUGGGAAGGGACGGGAUGUAGUUAAGGAGGCGUGACAGGGCAACCGAAAUUCCUCAUCAGGCCAGGGGGAGAAGGAGACUCCCCCGAUGACAGACUGAGGCACUUGUUCCAGGAGACCAUGGAGGAGGACAGAUCUAACCAGAACCCCGUCCUGAGUCCAGUCGAUGAGCUCCAGAGGGAGCAGUUACGGCAGGUGUUUCAGGAGUCAUCGAGAGAGAGCACCUGGAGGGAGUAUGGCACGGAGUCAUCCGACCCCGACCAGGAGCACCCCCUCCCUCACCCCAACACGCACAACUUCUCC